AUGAUCCUGCUUAGCCCUACAGUGCGGUUGAUUGGCCAUCAACGUGGACAAGACAUCAGGACCGACCCUGAAAGGACCUACACAGGCGCCCUUAAUCCUAAAGAUGUUGUUUCUUAUCUUUUUAUAUAUGGCUUGGAUGGGGUGAUGAAGAUUAAUGCAGAAGAUGCAAACCAAUUUCUGAGUGGAGAAUUCCGGGGCAUAUCCAACUUGACGUCACAUUGUCUUUUUGGGCUUUUCCAUGAACAUAGUUGGGAAAUGGCAGAAUUUGAAUUAGCUGCCAAAGAGCAAAGGGGAAAAACUCUGUAUGCUCUCAUGACAGGUCCUGAUGCUGAAUCUUUUGCCCAAACACAUGGUCUGACACUACCAACUGUGUUGGCUUUGAGAUGGGAUGAUCCGCUAGUUCCAAAAUCACCCAUGUCAGGCCGUAUCAACAAGGGAAAAAUUCUGGAAUUCUCCAAGUCUUCAAAGAUACCAUUGUUUCCUGAAUUGACACCAGAAGUGCUUCCUUACAUUUACCAAACAAAGCGCCCACUGCUGAUACUUUUCUGGAAGUCACCAGACCCUUCAUAUUCUACAAUGAAAGAUUUGGUAGAAUCAGGAGAAUUCAAAGAUGUCAUCUUUACUUGGCUUAAUCUGACAUCCUACACAGAUUUUGGAGUUCAGUUGGUGGAAACAUACUUUUCUGUUCCAAGUCUUCCUGCUUUAUCCAUGAUUUACUUUACCGAGAAACUUGUGUAUAAUUUCGAGGGAAACCAGAUCACAGACGAAUCAGUGAAAACUUGGAUUGAAAAGUUAAUCAAUCACAGAGAUAGUAUGGAACCUUCUUAUCAAAUGAAACACAAUGAGUGGAAACCUCAACGAGAGAGUUAUGAUUUCUUAAAGGAUCAUCCGUUUGAUCACUGGGAGAAUGUUAAGACAACGUUAAAGAAACCAGAUGUUUCGACCUCUGUGCCUGAAAGCCCUAAGAAACCUGCCCAUGAAGAUCUCUAG